CGCCCACGCUUUCUUUCAAACGAAGAAGAAGAAGAGCCACCAGAAUCCUUGAAACUCGGAAAGUUUCUCAACAAGGAAUCUGAUAUGUCAUCUGUCGUGUUUGUCACAUCACACGGACACGCCAACGUCAUAUUAUACUGUGCCUAUGCUAGACACUGAAUUUUGAUCAGUUCGACAAGACCGACGAUUUCGAUCAACGUCUUUUCUCGUUUCGAAACCCUGUCACACAUCUAGGCUAUUGAUCCCAAAGAAUUAUUUUCGUUCGUAGAACGCAAAACGAAAAAAAUGUUGCGACUCGUCCUCGCGUCGCUCAUCACGCUCUCCACACAAAGGACCGCUGUAGCCCUGAAGGAGGUUUCUGCGUCUAUUCUGGAUGACCUGAAAACUCCGUAUCUGGUGGAGUUCUACUCUAAAUUUUGCGGUUCCUGCACCGAAUUCAUGCCGACAGUGGAAAAGACGGAGAAGCUCUUGAAGAAAGCAGUGCCAGUAGGAAAAAUCAAUAUCGAGGACAAACCUGGAAGAGAGGUAAGUUAUGUUGAAUAAGACAUUGAGCGUGCACAACUUGUACUUUUUCUUUUUGCCCCACCGCAUCCUAUAGAUCCUGGAACUGCAGCACAUUGCUUCUCUGACUCUGUGUUUUUCCGCGAUAAGAAGGGCACAAAAACAAUUUCAUUUUCCAUUUCAAUCCAGCUUGCGGAGAAGGAGGGCGCGCUGGAAGAUGGCUUGCCUUCCCUGCGUUUGUACUACAAAGACGGCGACACAGUCAGUUUCGAGCGCAUUCUCGAGCCAGACACGGUUGACUUCCCCCCCGCGGAAACCCUUGCGAAGAAGGUAAAGGCCACUUUGAAGAAAAUCGGUAAGAGUGGCGAACUGUAAAUGCGGUUGUGCCGCGGCUUUGUUGAUGAUGCCACUAGUUGUGGGAGAUCUUGCUAGAUACAAAGCGCUAAAGGAAGACUGCGCGCUUCUGCAAUACAACAGCCAGACCCUCCUGUCAUCUGUGGAAUCAUUAAUCCAGUAGACCAAUUUGUCGCAUGAAAAAAAUCCUGGGUGCAGCUCAAGGUCAAGCGCACAUACAAGACUACCGUGCGACCAGGUUCAGGAGGACUUGGACUGGCAGAAGGCGACUUUUCUGUCCACUGAUAUGAGAACAACCUGUACUUCACAGGAUGUUGAUUCUCGCGCGAAG